UCCAAAUCGUACAACUUUAUUAUAAAGGAACAAUCGAUUGCACAUAAUGUUUUUUAAAAAGUGUAUUUAGUCUUCGGCUAGCCGAAGUGAGCUUUUAUUUCUUCUGCAAAAUAACAGCUUAUUUUCUUAAGUGUUCACGAUCUUUGGGGCAACAUAUACAUAUGAUUUAUUCAUUAUGAAUUAUUAUCAUUGUAAUUGAAUAUCAUUUACAGUUAUGUUUUCUCAGCGCCGGGAAGACUGCUGGACUCAUUACCGGGCACUUUGAUGCUCACAGACUGUCUGGAAUCUUGUCAGAACAAUGAAACAUGUCAGGCCGUCAACUAUGAGACAGGACUUUGUGUUCUAUUCUCAUCUAAUGCUGAUAUUUUGCCGGGUAAGUUAAGGUCAAAAGGUUAAAGCUUUUACUUGAAAGUUACAUUUAUUUAUGUUUAAUUCGUAAAUCGGUUAAGUUUAAUGAGGUUCAUUAAUGGUUCCAUUCUUUUAGGCGCCCUGACAAAAUCACAAUUUCCAGUUUUUACGAUAUAUGCACAAAAAACCUGCUUGGGAGUGCGCCCGUGUGCCAGAGCUUGGUGUAUUGAUCGAGUCCAAAACUACAGACUGGAUGGACAUGCUAAACGGGUCAUUUCGGUCACCUCUCGUCGUGAUUGCCUCGAGUUGUGUCUCGGCGAAACUGAAUUCAUAUGCAGGUCGGCAAACUAUUAUCGCGAAUCCAAAACUUGUGAGCUAGCCGAAAUGGACCGCUUUACAUUGGCGGGUUCGAACUCCUUCCAGGCACAUGUCGGCACAGAAUAUUUGGAAAACAAUUGUGCGGAGGAGCCGAAUAAGCUAUGCGAAUUCAAGCGCUUGCCGGGCAGAAUUCUGAAAACUGUUGACUCGGUAUAUCAAGAUAUUGGCAGCGUUGACGAGUGCCGCGAUCUGUGUCUUAAUUCGCCAUACAGAUGCCAUUCGUAUGAUUAUGGGGACACCGGCGACAUGGUCUGCCGCCUCUCGCACCACAGUCGGGCAACGCUUUCAGAUGUGCAAGAUCCCUAUUUGGAGGUUCCAGAGGCGUCUACCUAUGAGCUGUCAUCCUGUUAUAAUGUGACCAUCGAGUGCGGCGCAGGAGACAUGGUCGCUCGCAUACGCACAUCUAAGCUCUUCGAUGGCAAGGUCUAUGCCAAGGGCGCGCCCAAAUCUUGUGCCGUGGACGUGAGCGGUUCGUUGGACUUUGAGAUACGCAUGGGCUACCAGAAUCUCGAGUGCAAUGUGCGUCAAAGUGGCUCGGGUCGCUACAUGAACGAUGUGGUCAUUCAGCACCACGACACCAUAGUCACGUCUUCAGAUCUGGGCCUGGCAGUUACCUGCCAAUAUGAUCUGACCAACAAGUCGGUGACAAAUGAUGUUGACCUGGGCGUGAAGGGCGAUGUGGAGACAGCGCUCUCCGAGGAGGUUAUCGUCGAUUCGCCCAAUGUUCUGAUGAGAAUCACCUCCCGAGAUGGCUCCGACAUGAUGCGCUCCGCCGAGGUGGGCGAUCAGCUAGCUCUCAACUUUGAAAUAGCCGAUCCACAGAGCCCCUAUGAAAUAUUUGUACGUGAACUGGUGGCGAUGGAUGGCGCUGAUAACGCAGAGAUAACGCUAAUAGACUCACAAGGCUGCCCCACAGAUCACCUCAUCAUGGGGCCUAUCUACAAAAGUGCAUUGUCGGGCAAGAUUCUAUUUUCGAAUUUCGAUGCCUUCAAGUUCCCAUCGAGUGAUGUGGUACAGUUCCGUGCUUUGGUAACGCCCUGUAUGCCCAGCUGUGAGCCGGUGCAAUGCGAACAGGACGACAUUACGGCGGAGUUUAGGACACAAGUAUCCUAUGGACGCCGGCGGAAGCGCGAGACUUAUGCAGAAUCAAACGUUGUGGGUCACCAGCAGCAUCUGUUGUGGCGCACAAGUCGCGAGGCUAAGGCUGGCAUGGUCAAGAACAAGCCCAGCCAGGAGGAUUUGCUUCUGGUGCAAUCGAUUCAGAUAACCGAUAAAUUUGGUUUCGCUAAGAAGCAGCAACAGGAGCAGCAGACAAAUAGGGUCAAGGACUACGAUAAUUAUGACAAUGUGCUCUUUGUCAAUGACACGGUGCCUGGUUUAUGCUUUGAUGGCAUCGGCUUUAUUGUUGCUGCCACUGUCUUUUUUGUGGCCCAGUUCAUUGUUAUUGCCAUUUGGUCAUUUUUAUACCGGCGACGACAGGUUCACCAGCCAUAUGUUAAUCAUUUUCCGAAUGCGGCCACAAAAUACCGGGGCAAUAACUGCAACAAUAUCACAUUUGAUAAAUAAUCUGAUAACCCACCCAGCGAGCGGACUCGAUAUACCCACUUUGGCAGCCGGGCCCCAGCCUGGGAGCCCAAACUAUGGUAGUUAGUAUGUAAUUGGGGCCUUUUUAGAAUUGUGAGAAAUCUUGGAGUCGGUGCAACAUGAUGCAAUAUUUUAGAUAUGAAAACGUAGGAACGCGUAGCUUAAUUUAAGUGAACAAAUUAAAAAUAUAAACAAGUGAUAUUUCGAAAUUUAACAAUUUGCUAAGUGUCAAAUUUUGCAAAACCAUAAUAUAACAAUAGUUAAUACUUAGUAGCAAUAACAAACGAUAUUAAUUUAUUAAUUUUGGAAAAAUAGAUGACUGUUUUCUAAUGCACUUGUCAAUUUUUCUGAUUUGUUUAAUAACUGUUUUAAUAAAAUUAAAUAAUUCUAUCUUUAAUACUCAUACAAAAAGCUUGCAAUUCUACGAGACAAAUAUUAUAGAAAUGUAUCAAAUGUUUCGAAUUUUAACAGGGUGUGUCCCAGUCGGUCACGCUAACCUAGAGCACUAUCACUUGAUUUGAAUAUUAGUUAAAGGGAAAACAUGUAAACAAGUAUUGCCAUAAAAGGCUAGACAAGUUUGAUAAACACUUGCUGAUAAUUGUAUCAACAAGUUUUUAGGUCUUUCUAAGAAUUAAUUAAUCUAUACGAAGUUCUCUGUUUCGAGAACAUAUAUAUAUAUAUUAGAUGAAUUUUUUUAGA